UGUGAUUUACAUUUGUGGAUUUGUGAUUUACAUUUGUGGAUUUGUGAUUUACAUUUGUGGAUUUGUGAUUUACAUUUGUGGAAAGUGAUAUACAUUUGUGGAUUGGUGAUUUACAUUUGUGAAUACAUUUGGCAUGAUAUUGAUCCCAUAGUAUGACCCUCCACUCACAUGCACCAAAAAAAUGUAGAUGAGACAAAAAAAUGGGCACCCUCCUAUCCCAGCUCAACUAAAAUAGGCAAGUGUACAGCAGGGGUCAGCAAUAGGUCAGCUAAUAGUCAGCGGAACAGAAUAUAUUAUUGGCCUAAUUCAUAGGCUAAUUAAACACGUUUUUUUACACAUCUGGAAAGCAGGCUAUAUAAUCAGUUCAAUGUCACUAACAUAUCCUAAUGUGUUCGAUCUGAUUACACUGACCAAAUAACCAAUAUCUCUAUUCAAUUAGUUUUACAUUUCUUUGUGCAUUGAUUGUGGAAAAACAGAUUGCAAUCAACAGAAGAUGUUCUAUCAAAAUGUCUCAAAAGAAAGGUGGACAAUGAAAAUAGAAGUUUCGGGGAAGAAUGGACAGAGAAACAGAGAUUCUUACCAUAUUUCUCCAAUGUCAAACCAGAGUUUCUUGUUUGCAACAAACCGCUGCUGUUUGCAAAUAAUUAAAUAGCAACGUUCAUGUUUUGUCUCCUCCAAUAUUGAAGGCCGCAGCACAGCUUCAGAAUGUCAUGUCAGCGACCCAGGGAUGUGUGUGCUUUGGGGACCUUUAACAGAAUGUGACUCGCAAAACAGGUGGUGUAUGUGGAGGAUGAGGGCUGCAGUAGAUAUCUCAAGUAAGAGGGAGUGAGGCCUAAGAGGGUUUUUAUAAAUAAGCAUCAACCAGUGGGUCUUGUGACGGGUAUACAGAGAUGACCCGUUUACAGAGGAGUAUAGAGUGCAGUGAUGUGUCCUAUAAGGAGCAUUGGUGGCAAAUAUGAUGGCCGAAUGGUAAAAAAAACAUCUAGCCGCUCGAGAGCACCCUCACCUGCUAAUCUAUAAACUAUGUCUCCGUAAUCUAUCAUGGGUAGGAUGGUCAUCUGAAUCAGGGUUAGAUUGGCAGCUGGGGUGAAAGAGGAGCGAUUACGAUAGAGGAAACCAAGUCUAGAUUUAACUUCAGCCUGCAGCUUUGAUAUGUGCUGAGAGAAGUACAGUGUACUGUCUUUCUGUCUUUAAAAAAAAGUAUACUCCCAAAUACUUGUACCUCAAGCUCGAAACCCUCAGAGGUAGUAAUCACACGUGUGGGGAGAGGGGCAUUCUUCUUACCAAACCACGUGACCUUUGUUUUGGAGGUGUUCAGAACAAGGUUAAGGGUAGAGAAAGCUUGUUGGACACUAAGAACGCUUUGUUGUAACAGGGAUGUAAACACAUUUUGAGAGAAAUUAGCUUUUUGUGCAUAUGGAAAAUAUCUGGGAUCUUUAAUUUCAGUUGAUGAAAAAUGAGACCAACAAUUUACAUGUUUACUGCAUUUAUAUAUAUUUUUCAGUAGAGAAUAUUGCACAGUCCAGGUUGGAUCUGAUUUAUCUGUAGGGAAACGGUGCAAUGUGAGCAUUGGGCUUACAGGGGAAAAAAUAACGAAAUGGAAUUCAAAUAAUUGAACCGAAGUAGGUCAAUUAGUUGUUUAAAAAACGAAAAAUAACUCCGGUAAUAGCUCCGCACUACCAGCUAGACUAGAGGGCCUGCGCCAGGGUCCUGAUGUAUUCCAUUCUUGUAGAAAAUAAAUACAUGUUUGCCACAGUAGCUUAUUUUAAGUGCAGUGUCCCCUAUCAAAACGUUCACUUUUAUUUCCACCUAAAUCAACAAUAAAUCCACCGUAAAGGCUAUGCACCUUUAAAUAUAGCGGAGGCGUUUUAGUGUUUUAGCUAGUAGCGGAUUGGACAAACGGCUUCUGUCCCUCCAUAAUUCGCUACAGUGGCGGGAGAUGUCAUGUGCGCUGUCUAUAGGUAAACAAACAACUUGAUCGGAGUAUUGCGUGAACAACAAUAGUGAACAUUGUUGUUGAUUGUGGAUAAUACAUCCACUAGUAGCUAGUUUAACUUGCCAACUACACGGACCAAAGCGGGGAGAGAGUUUGUUAUUAUGAGCAGGCUUCGAUCAGCGAUGCAGAAGAGGAAGAGAGUUGCGCUGGACAAAACCGAGUCGUCGUCAGCAAAACCAUUGCGGAAAAGAGCGAAUGCAACUGUGAAACAAGAGCCCGAUGAGACUGCAGCGUCGACAUACCAUUCAUUCCAUGAUCCUGCUGACAUUACACUCUUUAGGACACGCAUCCUUUACUGGUAUGACCAGGGGAAGAGAGAGUUACCCUGGAGAACUGUGGCUCUGACAGAACCGGACAUCAACAUUAGGACAUAUGCAGUUUGGGUCUCAGAAAUCAUGCUACAGCAGACCCAGGUUGCCACUGUGAUCGACUACUACAAUAAGUGGAUGAAGCGGUGGCCAACAGUACAGGGUCUUGCAGCGGCUACGUUGGAGGAAGUCAAUCAGAUGUGGGCUGGGCUUGGGUACUACUCCCGGGGAAAGAGACUUCAGGAAGGAGCUCAGAAGGUGGUAGCAGAGCUGGGGGGAGAGAUGCCCAGGACGGUUGAGGCUCUGCUGAAGCAGCUGCCUGGAGUGGGCCGCUACACCGCCGCAGCUGUGGGCUCCAUCGCGCUGGGCCAGGUGACGGGAGCUGUUGAUGGGAAUGUGAUCCGGGUCCUGUGUCGGGUGCGGGCUAUAGGGGCCGACAGUACAAGCCCAGCAGUGACUGAAGCUCUAUGGAGCACUGCCAACACGUUGGUGUCCCAAGAGAGACCAGGGGACUUUAACCAGGCCAUGAUGGAGCUGGGGGCGAGGGUGUGCACCCCUAAAGGCCCCCAGUGCAACCAGUGUCCCAUACAGACUCUCUGCCACUCCUACAGGAAGGUUAGCGUCAAACGAGAGGAGAACUCAACAAAGCUUCUGGGUAAAUUGAACAGGGUACCUGCAUCUCUGCCAGAUGUAGAGGAUUGUGUGACCUCAGGAACAUGUAACCUGUGCCCCACGGAACCCUGGGACAGCCAACUGGGCGUUCAGAACUUCCCCAGGAAGCCGGUGAAGAAAGCUCCUCGUGUGGAGCGCACACUCACCUGUGUGGUGUCCCGGCCAGGAGCAGGAGGAGAUGUCGAGUACCUGCUCACCCAAAGGCCGAGCAAAGGACUUUUGGCUGGUAUGUGGGAGUUCCCUAGCCUGCUCCUAGAGGGGGAGAAUUCUGAGAUGAAACAGAGGGGGGCGCUGUGUGCUGGGGUGGGGAGAUUGUUGGGAGUUCGGCUGGACAACGGGCUGCUCCAGUAUGUGGGGGAGGUGGUUCAUAUCUUCUCCCACAUCCACCAGACAUAUGUUGUGUACAGCCUGUGUUUGAAUGUCUCUGGAGAGGGAGGGAAAGCCCAGAGUACUACACGCUGGCUCACUAGACCUUCCCUGCAGGAAGCUGCUGUAUCCACUGGAGUGAAGAAGAUCAUGAAGCUGUACGACACUAUGGAGGAUCAAGAGGGACAAGCUACCAAGAAGAAGGCUACUAACACUAAGAGUGAUGGACAGCACAAGUCUAAAAAGCUCAAAGACAAUUCAACAAACAGCGGGACCAGACAGCUGUCACUCAGUUCCUUCUUCAAGAGCCCAAAACAAGAAACUUGAUCAAUUUAUACUUACUCACAAUGAAUAACAAUGUUGUUUUAUUUAUUUAUUUUUUUAAGCUGAUCAAGUACCAUGCAAGGACUACUACUGUGUCUUGCUGUCUGGAUAACUGCCACAAGUGGUCUGGGUGUUUAUCCCAUGAGUGGAAUACUUUAAGAGCAAAAAGUGUGUCAUUGAGUUGAAUGCUGAAUACAAUUUUAAACUAAUUUAAAAAAUAACAAAUUGCAACAGUGGCCUCUCAUACAGUUGAAGUCAGAAGUUUAAAUACAACUCAGCCAAGUAUAUUUAAACUCAGUUUUUAACUAUUCCUGACAUUUAAUCCUAGAAAACAAUUCCCUGUUUUUGGUCAGUUGGUUUGGUCAAUGUCAGAAUAAUAGUAGAGUGAUUUUAUUUCAGAUUUUAUUUCUUUCAUCACGUUCCCAGUGGGUCAGAAGUUUACAUACCCUCAAUUAGUAUUUGGUAGCAUUGUCUUUAAAUUAUUUAUCUUGGGUCAAGCGUUUCAGGUAGCCUUCCACAAGUUUCCCACAAUAAGAUGGGUGAAUCUUGGCCCAUUCCUCCUGACAGAGAACUGAGCCAGGUUUGUAGGCCUCCUUGCUCGCACACGCCUUUUCAGUUCUGCCCACAAAUGUUCUAUUGGAUUGAGGUCAGGGCUUUGUGAUGGCCACUCCAAUACAUUGCCUUUGUUGUCCUUAAGCCAUUUUGCCACAACUUUGGAAGUAUGCUUGGGGACAUUGUCCACUUGGAAGACCCAUUUGCGACCAAGCUUUAACUUCCUGACUGAUGUCUUGAGAUGUUGCUUCAGUAUAUCCACGUAAUUUUCAUACCUCAUGAUGCCAUCUAUUUUGUGAAGUGCACCAGUCCCUCAUGCAGCAAACCACCCCCACAACAUGAUGCUGUCACCCCCGUGCUUCCCGGUUGGGAUGGUGUUCUUUGGCUUGCAAAUAUCCCCCUUUUUCCUCCAGCCAUAACGAUGGUAUUAUGGCCAAACUGUUCUGUUUUUGUUUUAUCAGACCAGAGGAAAUUUCCCCCAAAAGUACAAUCUUUGUCCCCAUGUGCAGUUGCAAACAGUAGUCUGGCUUUUUAUGGCCACUGAGCGGCCUUUCAGGUUAUGUCGAUAUAGGACUCAUUUUACUGUGGAUAUAGAUACUUUUGUAUCCGUUUCCUCCAGCAUCUUCACAAGGUCCUUUGCUGUUGUUCUGUGAUUGAUUUGCACUUUUCGCACUAAAGUACUUUUUAUCUCUAGGAGACAGAACUCGUCUCCUUACUGAGCGGUAUGAUGGCUGCGUGUUCCCAUGGUGUUUAUACUUGUGUACUAUCGUUUGUACAGAUGAACGUGGUACCUUCAGGCAUUUGGAAAUUGCUCCCAAGGAUGAUCCAGACUUGUGGUCUACAAUUUUUCUUGUGAGGUCUUGGCUGAUAUCUUUUGAUUUCCCCAUGAUGUCAAGCAAAGAGGCACUGAGUUUGAAGGUAGGCCUUGAAAUACAUCCACAGGUACACCUCCAAUUUACUCAAAUGAUGUCAAUUAGCCUAUCGGAAGCUUCUAAUGCCAUGACAUCGUUUUCUGGAAUUUUCCAAGAUGUUUAAAGGCACAGUCAACUUAGUGUAUGUAAACUUCUGACCCACUGGAAUUGUGAUACAGUGAGAUAAUCUGUCUGUAAACAAUUGUUGGAAAAAUGACGUGUCAUGCACAAAGUAGAUGUCCUAACCGACUUGCCAAAACUAGUUUGUGUGGAGUGGUUGAAAAAUAAGUGUUAAUGACUCCACCCUAAGUGUAUGUAAACUUCCGACUGUAUCUUGCAUAAAAUAUGCUUCGUUCAUUUAACCUCGAUCGUAUGAUAUAUUUAGGUGAUAAUGCACGAGAAGCUGAUGUUUGGAGGUGGGUCAAUAUCACAAAACCAUACCAUUUGGACCAUGCAACAUUUAGCAUUUGUAUUACUUUUAUGGAAAUAUUAGACUUGUCUUGAAACUUGUUGGCUAAGCUCCAGCACUUAGAUAAUUAUAAACCCAUUUUCAGUGAAUCACCCAUAUGAUAAGUCCACCCUGUUAUGGACAUACACUUAACUGUCUUUAAUUACUUUCAUUGAUCUAUUUUAAUAAUGUUUACAUUUUCAUAAAGCUAUUGUGUACCCUUGUCAA